AUGGAUUAUGGACUGAUCAUCUUUGUGCUCACAGGAGCACUGGUCUAUGUUGUCUCGGCACAAUCUCGUCAGUACUUCUUUGUGAGCACGCCACUGAACUGGACGGAAGCUGAGAGCGUCUGCAGAGACCUCUACACCGACCUGGCCACCACAGAAAGCACAGCGGACAUCAGUGCCGUUAUCAGCACCACAUCAAACUACACAGGCGAGGCUUGGAUAGGUCUCCAUGAUGACUUGGUGAGCGGCUGGAGAUGGUCCCUGAAUGACGGCAGCUUUUAUGCGGAAGGAGAGACAGAGUUUAGAAGCUGUAUACGAAAUCAGACAGACAAUGACAUCAUCACCAUUCUGGCAGGUGCAGACUUUGUGUGGAUCGGUCUGCACUGGGAAAAACUGUGGUCUGAUGGGAGCUCUUCUCUGCUUCGACACUGGGCCAACGGGCAACCAAACUCUAGCUUAGAGGGAUGUGUCACCACGGUGUUCAAUGACUUAGGACGGUGGUCAGCAAAUAACUUCUCCAUCAGUUUCCCAUUCAUCUGUUACACAACAGUUAGGCCAAAUGCAGAAAGUUUCAGAUCAAUUGGACAAGAUGAGACCAGUGUCACUCUGCAGUGGAAUAAAGUGAACAACAAUGUCAGCUUUAUUCUCCAGUUUAAUGGUAACGAGACAAACAUCUCUGCACCAGAUGGAGAUGGACCAGUGACUCACACAGUCUCACCUCUCACUGCUGGAACUAAAUACACAUUCACUCUCUUCUCUGUGUUUGAGAGCGUCAGAAGCAGUGGAGUCAACAUUACUGCAGUCACUGCUCCUCCAAAUGUAGAAAGCUUCAGAUCAACAGGAAAAAACGAGACCAGUGUCACUCUUCAGUGGAAUAAGGUGAACAAUGAUGUCAGCUUUAUUCUCCAGUUUAAUGGUACAGAGACAAACAUCUCUGCACCAGAUGGAGAUGGACCAGUGACUCACACAGUCUCAUCUCUCACUGCUGGAACUAAAUACACAUUCACUCUCUUCUCUGUGUAUGAGAGCGUCAAGAGCAGUGGAGUCAACAUUACUGCAGUCACUGCUCCUCCAAACGCAGGAAACUUCACAUCAACAGGACAAGAUGAGACCAGUGUCACUCUGCAGUGGAAUAAAGUGAACACCAAUGUCAGCUUUAUUCUCCAGUUUAAUGGUAACGAGACAAACAUCUCUGCACCAGAUGGAGAUGGACCAGUGACUCACACAGUUUCAUCUCUCACUGCUGGAACUAAAUACACAUUCACUCUCUUCUCUGUGUUUGAGAGCGUCAGAAGCAGUGGAGUCAACAUUACUGCAGUCACUGCUCCUCAAAACGCAGAAAUCUUCAGAUCAGCAGGACAAGACGAGACCAGUGUCACUCUGCAGUGGAAUAAAGUGAAGAGCGAUGUCAGCUUUAUUCUCCAGUUUAAUGGUACAGAGACAAACAUCUCUGCACCAGAUGGAGAUGGACCAGUGACUCACACAGUCUCAUCUCUCACUGCUGGAACUAAAUACACAUUCACUCUCUUCUCUGUGUUUGAGAGCGUCAGAAGCAGUGGAGUCAACAUUACUGCAGUCACUGCUCCUCCAAACGCAGGAAACUUCACAUCAACAGGACAAGAUGAGACCAGUGUCACUCUGCAGUGGAAUAAAGUGAACACCAAUGUCAGCUUUAUUCUCCAGUUUAAUGGUAACGAGACAAACAUCUCUGCACCAGAUGGAGAUGGACCAGUGACUCACACAGUCUCAUCUCUCACUGCUGGAACUAAAUACACAUUCACUCUCUUCUCUGUGUUUGAGAGCGUCAGAAGCAGUGGAGUCAACAUUACUGCAGUCACUGCUCCUCCAAACGCAGGAAACUUCACAUCAACAGGACAAGACGAGACCAGUGUCACUCUGCAGUGGAAUAAAGUGAACACCAAUGUCAGCUUUAUUCUCCAGUUUAAUGGUACAGAGACAAACAUCUCUGCACCAGAUGGAGAUGGACCAGUGACUCACACAGUCUCAUCUCUCACUGCUGGAACUAAAUACACAUUCACUCUCUUCUCUGUGUUUGAGAGCGUCAGAAGCAGUGGAGUCAACAUUACUGCAGUCACUGCUCCUCCAAACGCAGGAAACUUCACAUCAACAGGACAAAACGAGACCAGUGUCACUCUGCAGUGGAAUAAAGUGAACACCAAUGUCAGCUUUAUUCUCCAGUUUAAUGGUAACGAGACAAACAUCUCUGCACCAGAUGGAGAUGGACCAGUGACUCACACAGUCUCAUCUCUCACUGCUGGAACUAAAUACACAUUCACUCUCUUCUCUGUGUUUGAGAGCGUCAGAAGCAGUGGAGUCAACAUUACUGCAGUCACUGUAUGA